AAGGGUGCUCCUCGGUCCCUCGACAGCCAUUUCACAGCGUGCCCUGCAGCAUCCCAGAAAGGCCCCGGCAGCCACCGAGAGCCAGUCAACUCCCCUGAGCAGAAGGGCUCUCCCCGCCCCCUCUCGCGCGCAGCUAGCUCUGCCCUCCGCCUCCUCCUCUCCGCCCACUCUCGCCGCGGUCUCCCGGCGGCGGCUUUGUCUCGGGGGCUGGUCCCCAACGGCUCCCGCCCCAAACAGCUGCCGCCCGAGGGAGGAAGCGGCGCGGGAGCUGUCCGGCACUCCAGUGCUGAAACCCCGAGGGCCCCCAUCCGCCACUACCAUGUAAGGGCCAUGAAAAGGGCUCGUCCUGGCGCAGCGCGGCCAUGGAGGAGGACCUAUUCCAGCUAAGGCAGCUGCCGGUGGUGAAAUUCCGUCGUACGGGUGAGAGUGCAAGGUCCGAGGACGACACGGCUUCAGGAGAACAUGAGGUCCAGAUUGAAGGGGUCCGCGCAGGCCUAGAGGCCGUUGAGCUGGAUGAUGGGGCAGCUGUGCCUAAGGAGUUUGCCAAUCCCACCGAUGAUACUUUCAUGGUGGAAGAUGCAGUGGAAGCCAUUGGGUUUGGAAAAUUUCAGUGGAAGCUGUCAGUUCUCACCGGCUUGGCUUGGAUGGCCGACGCCAUGGAGAUGAUGAUCCUCAGCAUCCUGGCACCGCAGCUGCACUGCGAGUGGAGGCUUCCCAGCUGGCAGGUGGCACUGCUGACCUCAGUGGUCUUUGUAGGCAUGAUGUCCAGCUCCACACUCUGGGGAAACAUCUCAGACCAGUAUGGCAGGAAAACAGGGCUGAAGAUCAGCGUGCUCUGGACUUUGUACUACGGCAUCCUGAGCGCCUUUGCGCCCAUGUACACCUGGAUCCUGGUGCUCCGGGGCCUGGUGGGCUUCGGCAUCGGAGGAGUCCCGCAGUCGGUGACACUGUAUGCUGAGUUCCUUCCCAUGAAAGCCAGAGCUAAAUGUAUUUUGCUGAUUGAGGUCUUCUGGGCUAUCGGGACGGUGUUUGAGGUCAUCCUUGCUGUCUUCGUGAUGCCCAGCCUGGGCUGGCGCUGGCUGCUCAUCCUCUCGGCCGUCCCGCUCCUCGUCUUUGCUGUGCUGUGUUUCUGGCUUCCGGAGAGCGCGAGGUAUGAUGUGCUGUCCGGGAACCAGGAAAAGGCAAUCGCCACCUUAAAGAGGAUAGCGACAGAGAACGGAGCACCCAUGCCGCUGGGGAAACUCAUCAUCUCCAGACAGGAAGACCGAGGCAAAAUGAGGGACCUUUUCACGCCCCAUUUUAGAUGGACAACUUUGUUGCUGUGGUUCAUAUGGUUUUCCAAUGCAUUCUCUUACUAUGGGUUAGUUCUGCUCACCACGGAACUCUUCCAGGCAGGAGAUGUCUGCAGCAUCUCCAGUCGGAAGAAGGCAGUAGAGGCCAAGUGCAGCCUGGCCUGUGAGUACCUGAGUGAGGAGGAUUACAUGGAUUUGCUGUGGACCACCCUCUCUGAGUUCCCAGGCGUCCUCGUGACUCUGUGGAUUAUUGAUCGCCUGGGCCGCAAGAAGACCAUGGCCCUGUGCUUUGUCAUCUUCUCCUUCUGCAGCCUCCUGCUGUUUAUCUGCGUUGGAAGAAAUGUGCUCACCCUGUUACUCUUCAUUGCAAGAGCGUUUAUUUCUGGAGGCUUUCAAGCGGCCUAUGUUUACACACCUGAGGUCUACCCCACAGCGACGCGGGCGCUGGGCCUGGGAACCUGCAGUGGCAUGGCAAGAGUGGGUGCUCUCAUCACUCCGUUCAUUGCCCAGGUGAUGCUGGAGUCCUCUGUGUACCUGACCCUGGCGGUUUACAGUGGCUGCUGCCUGCUGGCUGCCCUGGCCUCCUGCUUUUUGCCCAUCGAGACCAAAGGCCGAGGCCUACAGGAGUCCAGCCACCGGGAGUGGGGCCAGGAAAUGGUCGGCCGGGGGAUGCACGGCACAGGCGUCACCAGGUCAAACUCUGGAUCUCAGGAAUAGGAAUGGAUGGAGACUGAGCUGGUCUUUGAGGCUGUAGGACUCAGGGGUCUGGCAGAGCCCAGCGGGGGCGCUGAUCGUCACUGCCGACACCAAGAACUCACCCAGGAAUACGACGUGGACCAACAGGGUUUUGUGUCUUGACUCUGUUUGCUCAUAUUCACUGAGUUCUGCCUAGGGAUGGGGGCCAUUGGCUCUGGGGGGUUCUCUGUGUGUGUGGGGGAAGGUUUGUUCAUAACCCAUGGAUCUGCAUGGGAAAACGAUCCCAUUAGGAGGAUCCGGCGAUGUCAGCAGUCGACAAUGGGACACCACCUGGAGUCACCUGGCUAUACCCUCAGUGAACCGCAACCAAAAGAGUUCUGUAGAUACCGUCCAGGCCCCGGCCCGUGUGAUACCUGCCAUUCACCACCCGGACUUGUUCAGUAGGUUCCUCCCCCACCCCUGGCCCCAGGCUUUCUUCUGUGAAGUUGCAGGUGACGUAGUUGCAGGGCCCUGUUUAGUGACACCUGACUAGUGGAGACUCUGACGGAUGGCAUCUGAACUUGAGCCACGUGCCCCAGCCCUGCCCCUCUGGAGUUGCUGUGGCUGGCUCUAGAUGUGUGCCUGGGUACAGCUGGGUUUGCACCCGGUGACAGCCUCAGAAAGCUGUUACCCCCUGGGAACUGAGGACUGAGGCGGGGAGGUGAGACUGAAGCCCAAAGCCAAAGUUGCUUCUCCUUCUGAAACAGCAAAGACCACACUGGGCUUCCUUCCUGGCCCCCUCCUCAGUCAGGCUGGACGGUGACGCCUGGGGAAAGGAAACCAUUGACUCAGGGUCCAGAGUGUUGGGGUUCGUGCAUGGGUAGAUGACUGAGUAGGCAGAGAACCUGGGUUCCCCGAUGCAUAGCCAUCUUGUCAAGGGCAGUCUUGGUCACUGCACAGAGGCAGCCCAGGAGUCCCGGCCUUGAAGUGGAGAGGGGUAGGGAGGCCCACAGGUGUACAUUUGCAGAGGAAGAGGCUCAAGGCCAAGUGGGUUUGGGGUUGGUCUCAGGGCGAAGGGAUGGAACAGACUCCACUCACUUCCCGAAUUUGGUUCAAAUGAGCCUUUCUCCUCAUGGUGAAGGCAGGAGACCCAGAGGAGGGAGGAAGUUGGCAGAUCCCAUCUGAGGGCAGGGAAGACCGACCCUCGGCUUGGAGUGGACAUUGCAAGGAAGCCAAAUGUAUACAUUCAUCUCUUAUUAAAACGUGUCAGUGAUGGACA